AUGGCGUCCGACCUCCCGACUGAUCUGCUGGAGCAGAUCUUCCUCCACCUAGAGGACGCCGCCGACCUCGCCCGCGCCUCGGCUGCCUGCGCUUCCUUCCGCCGCGUCAUCUCCAACGGCCGCUUCCUGCGCCGCUUCAGGUCCCGCCACCGCCCGCCAGUCCUAGGGCUACUCGAGAAUCGUGGCGGUGGUAAGAUCCGAUUCCGCCCCAUCCAGUCGCCGCGCCGCUCCGCGCUGGCCGCCGGCGCCUGCGCAGACGCCGCGGACUUCACCUUCCGUUUCAUCCCUGGCCCCAACCGCUGCUGCUGGGGCGUCGUCCGCGACGCUCGUGACGGCCGCGUCCUCCUCUCCCGCUACAAACGUCUUUGGCACACCUUGCACCGGCGUCCUCCUCUCCUCAUUGUCUGCGACCCCCUCCACCGGCGGCAUGUCGAGAUUCCGCCGAUCCCCGACGAUCUCCUUGACGCGGCGGCGACGACCUCCACUGACCAUGAUGGUGGUGAUCCUGAUGACCUACGACGACUCGAGUUCGAGCCGUUCCUCGCACCAGCGCCAUCAGCGGCCGACGAGGAUCAGGUCGUCGAUGAAUUGUCGUCGUUCCAGGUGAUAUGCAAUGCUCUGUCGGGAACCAUGUUGGUGACCUUCGCCUUCUCUUCAGCCAGCAGACAAUGGCGAGCCGUGGCGUCAUUCAGCAACCCAAACUAUGUGAUGAAGAAUCUGUGCUCGCUCUGGUUUCGACAGCCUGCAAAUGGCUUCUACUGGACGUGUUUUUCAGAAAAUUUUAUGCUCGUGCUUGACACGCGUGAGAUGAAAUUCUUCGUCGUCAGUGACAUCCCGGAGAAAAGCAAUGGACGAUCUAAAAUCGUUGUGGAGGCAGCUGGGGAAGGCAGGCUUGGUCUAUUGUUACUUCUUGAAGAUAAGUUAGAGCUGUAUAGUAGAGCUUGGCAAGGCAAUAAUAAUGGUGGUGUGGUCGUUGAUCAAGAGUGGCGGCACGACAAAACAGUCCGAAUGUUUGCUGGUCUAUGGAACCUCAGUGGAACAACCAAUGGCUACGCUUUCCUACGAUGGCUUCCACGGGACCAUGUUCAGCGCUGGGAAGAAGCACAUUAUUUCACCGUGGACCUCAAGACAUUGCUAGUUGAGAGGCUGUGUGUGUUGGAAUUUAUUAAUGUCCCCAAAUUUCUCUAUGCAAGCUUCCCGCCACCGCUUUCGCCGCCAACUGUAUGAGAGGGUAAUAAACAUCUUUCUCUUUUGCUGUCUUAAUUAAAAAUGCCAGUGAUUUUGAAUUUAAUUUGGUCAUAUAUGUAAAAGCUCUCAUUUUUAUAUAACUUCA